AUGAACAGUACAUCGCCCGAGAUUCCUCCCUAUACCAUGGCCACCGGCUUCCCGCCCAUGGGCCCGAAUAACACUGCCUAUGACCUCAUUGCCUCUCAGUUCGCAGCUCGUAUCGGUACGAACGAGAACGGCUACUGCACCCCGACAUCACUAUGGUCUUGCCCGCCGAGUCCCACAUCAAGCAUCGACACCAACAAGGCCGGCGACUCCCACGAUGACUGCAGCCACUCAUCAACGUCGGAAAGCUCCCUCGACAAGGCCUCUCAGAAGAGCAGACGCGCCAACAGAUACAAGAACUGCAGCGAGACCGUGCUUUCAAAACGACGCGCACAAAACCGGGCUAACCAGCGCGCGUACCGUAAGCGCAAGGAGCAACGCUUGGAGGAGCUCCAGCAGCAGAUCGACGAUAUGCACCAGAAGAACGACGCCCUUUGCUGCGCCUACAGGCUGCUGGCCAAUGAGUGCUGCCGCCUCCGCGCUGGCCAGGUGACUGAGCAGUCGUCAACAAACUGGAACAACAUGAACGGCGCCAACAACCUGAUUCUCGACAUGGCCGCGCUUAACGCCUACCGAACCACCAACCCCAUCGCGACUUCGAGCCCAGCCACCGAGUCAUAUAUGGAGUAUCCCGGCACUCCCGAACAACUGUGGAGCCCCUAUCCGUGA